AUUUUAUAAAAAUUAGUCUAAAGUAUAAUGUCAGAUCCAAGCGACGAAAAGAAAGGUAUCUUCGGUACAGCAACCUCUAAACCCCCAGGAGGAGGUUUAUUUGGAAACAAGCCAACAGAAAGCAAGGGUGGGCUAUUUGGGUCCGAUAAAGCUAGUGGCGGAAACUUGCUUUCAGAAGCAUCCAAACCCUCCGAUUCUACAGGAGGAUUUGCAUUAGGAGCCAAGAAGGAAUCUACACAGAAACCUGGAGAUUCUAAGGGCCUCUUCUCAGGUUCUACUUCUAGUGGCACAGGCUUAUUCGGACCCAAAAAUGAUCAGCCUAAAAGUUCAGGAGGACUUUUUGGAGGAAUUAACAAAGAGGGCCAAGAUAACUCAAAAGAAGCUGAAAAAUCAAAACAACCAGGAAGUCUUUUUGGUGGAAAGACAGAUGAUAAGGGAGCUAAAUCUUCUGGAGGAUUCUUUGGGAGUUCAUCAACACCCAAAGAUGAUAAAAAGCCAUCAACAUCACCUUUUGAAUCAAGCACAGCCCUAAAGAAGGAUGAAAAAGCACCAGGAGGGUUAUUUGGAGGCACUACAGCUAAGAAAGAUGAUAAGCCAGGGAUUUCCUUACUCUCUAACAAGCCUUCUGGAGGAAUUUCACUUUUGCCAAACUCAGCACCAAAGCCAGAAGGAGAAAAGAAGCCCGCAGGGGGUUUAUUCGGUCAAAUAUCUUCAAAACCAACAGGAGGGGCUUUUGGAGGAAAUACAAAGCCUGAAGAAAAGAAAUCAACUGGACCUUUCGGUGCCAAAACUACUAAUCCAGCUACCACUGGUGGAUCAACUCUUUUUGGAAAACCUACUGUAUCAUCCAAAGAAACCACAGAUAAAACAGAUAAGCCUAAACCAAGUCUUUUCGGUAAUGACAAGCAGAAGGAACAGAGCUCAAAGAAAGAGACUACUACCCAGCCAGCAUUUGGAAAACCUGCAGAAGAUAAAAAGCCAGGCAGCUCUUUAUUCCCAUCAAAACCUGCUGAGAAGGAUGCAGGAGGAAUGUUUGGGAAGAAACCACAGACAGAAGAGGCAAAGGGCCCAUCCAAAGAAUUAUUCCAAAAGCUAAAGUCUAACGAUGAGUCAAGUAAGCCCAAAUUCGAAGGAUUUGGAGCUAAACCUGCUGAAGAUAAGAAAGAUAGCACAGAGGAAAAGAAAACCUCUCCUUUUGGAGGUGCUUCAGCCUCAAAACCAAGCGCAUUUGGAUCAUCUAAAGGUAAACUUCCCGCUUUCCAGCCAGGCGCCAAGAAGGAAGAAGACAAAAAGGAAGAACAGAAGACUAAUCCGAUUGCUAAAAGCAAUAAUGUUGAGCUAAUCAAAAAGGCUACCUUAGAUGAUGCACAGAAACUUGGUUUAGACUCAUCAACUCUUGAAGACAUCUUCUCCAAUUGGUAUAACAAAGUUGAGGGUCAAUCUAAGAUGUUCAAGGAGCAGGCCAAGGUUCUAAAAAGAGAUGAGCUACUUCUCUAUGAUAACCUAGCUACUUUAGAAACAUUGAAUAGCUACUCUGAGAGAGUUAUCCAGGACUAUGGAAUCACUCUAAAUACAAUGCAAGGACUUGCAGCCCAACAAAAGACUCUUAUGGACUCUCUUGAGAAGAUUGAUGGGGAAAUUGAUGAAGCAAUUGCUAAGAAUCAACAAGGUAUCAAUACCUACAAUAGAUUCAGAGGAACUCAUUUCUCCAGUGAUGAUGAAAUGAACUCGAAGAUCAACUACAGACAACAGAUGGCUAACAAAGCUAAUGAUGUGAACCAUUCAUUGGACCAGAUAGAAUCAACAAUCAAAAAUAUUGGAGAAGUGGUAUCAAAUAACCAUGAGAAAGGAUCAUCUGAAGAUGAAGAAGAGCAACAGAUUGGCAAAGUACUGAACCAGGCCUACGACUCUCUAAGAUGGAUCCAAGACACUGCAGUGGAUCUUAACUACCAGAUCGAACUCCUCGAUUCUGAACUAGCAGAGCUAUAAACUGACCUUUAAUCUCAAUUUUGGCCAAAUUUUAA